AUGAAUAGUAGUCGUUUCACCAAAUCGCCAGCCUUAUACGGCGCUUCAGCGUCGCCGUCUCCUUCCCGGCCGUCCCCCAGACACCCGCUGCGAAGAAGUAUACGUGCUGAAGAACCGCCCGUCAAGCCUGACGCUGGAAACGAGGAACUGCGUGUUUUGAUUAGCACACUGAAAUAUGAACUUGAAAAUAUAAAACAGAGUAGAGAGCUAGAAGCAUUGCAACAUGAAAAGGAACUUCGAGAUUUGCAAGCAAGGUCAGAUGCAGAUUUUAGAAAGGCACAGGCCACUGAAAGUGCAUCCUCUAGAGCCCAGCGAAAAGUCGAGUCGCUUGCCGCGGAACUAAAACAAUUACAAGAACAUUGGGCAGAAGAACGAGCGACCUACGAGAAACGGGUACGGAGUUUACAAGACGAGAACCAGGCGUUGCAAGAAGAAUGUGACGACGGACGGUCGCACUUAGCGGACCGGGAUUUCCAACAUAAGAGUCGGGUCAAUGAACUAGAAACGCUGCGUUCGUCUCUACAGCAGACUCUGGAGGGAGUGAGAAAUGAACUCGAGGAAACGAAGGCAGGGCUGCAGACUACGCAAGAACGGCUAUCACAGCGAGAACUUGAGGUAGAUCAACUGGAGACAGAAAACAUACAAUUGAAAUCAGAAGGCUCUGAGCCUGAAGCCCUGAGUGUGCUUCAACGAGAGUUGUCGGAGCAAUUGUCGCAAGUUAAGCGACUAGAGGCCGAAUUACGACCGCUACGAAAGUCCCAGAAGAAAGUACAGGUAGUUGAGGAAGAAAAACUUGCACUUGAAAGCAAACUACGGUUAAUGAGAGAUUUGGAGACCGAAAUCAAGAAUCUACGGAUACAGAAUCAAGUGUUGCAGGACGAGAAAAUCUCUUGGGCCGGCCUAUUGCAGGUAGAUGGGCAGGAUUCGGAAUUUGACUCGCCCGAGUCCGUUGUCAGAGCACUGGUGGAGGUCAGAAUUGAAAACGCUUCCCUAGUUGAUAGGAUUGGUGCUAUCCAAAGCGAGAUCGCCGAGAAAAUCGAGGUAAUUGACAACCUCGAGACAGAAAAGCUGAAGAUGCAGAAAGAGAUGGAGAGUCUUCAGGCGAGUGCUGCGCCAGCUGCACCGACUUCUGAUGCUCGCGCCAAAACUAGGCUUGAGCGCCAAAGGGCGCUGGCUAUUAAAGAGGUUGAAUAUCUACGAGCGCAGCUGAAAACGUUUGAUACGGAGGAGACGAUGAUGAACCCGGAUGAGAAUCGUAUUGACAACCAGAAAUCCGAACAUAUUUCACAUCUUGAGAAUCUCCUGAGCGAACAGCGGGACGAACUCCAUAAAUUACACGAAGAGCUAUCUAAGAAAGAGGACACCAUCAUGCCCAACGAUUCGCCUGCACAGCGUGGCAUCAAGCGGCCUCUGUCCCCAGCAGACAGUGAAGCGGACAGCGAACGCGUCGCUGGUUUGGCACGCAAAAACCGAACUCUACAAGAUUCACUUACGAAAGCCGAACAAACUGCCGAGUUGCUGCGCCGGGAACUUGAAGCUGCAAAGUCGCAUAUCACAUCUCUCCAAGCUCAGUCCCGGACGCGUAUUCUCGAGCUGCGCUCAAACCCGACCUCUGACUUCGAAAACGCAAAAUUGUCAACGUUAUCAAUCCUACGCGCUGAAAACCGCGAUCUUCUAAAACAGCUGCGUAACGAGCAGCCCGGCAGCAAAACGGUGCCUGUGGCGACGCUGGAGAGCCUGCAGGUGGACAUGCAGGAGAUGGAGAAGCAGGUUGCAGACAAAGACAAACGCAUCCGGCGACUGAAGGAGAUCUGGACGGCGAAAUCAUCGGAGUUUCGCGAGGCUGUGGCGUCGAUCCUGGGCUACAAGCUGGACUUCAUGCCCAACGGCCGCGUGCGGGUCACAUCCAUGUUCCAUCUUUCGCCGGCGUAUCGACACGGCGAUCCGAGCGCGGCGGGUGACUUCGCGGGGCCGGGGAGCAUGGGCGGCGACGGCGGCGGGGAGAAUGCGAUUAUCUUUGACGGAGAAAAUGGGACGAUGAAGAUCUCGGGAGGCCCGAAUAGCCUGUUUGCGCUGGAGAUUCGCGAUCUGAUCAAGUUCUGGGUAGAGGAGAGGAAGGAUAUUCCGUGUUUUCUCGCGGCCAUGACGCUGGAGUUCUACGACAAGACGACGCGUGCUGCGCGGAUGUAA